AGGUGACCUUCUAAACCAGAAAGUUGCUAACACUCUCGAACGCCGGUCGUAUUUACCUGAAUAUUUUAUUUUUUGAUAUUUAAAUUCAAAUAUAUUUAAAUAAUUGAAAAGUAUUAAAUUGUUUAAUUUAUCUCAAGUUUUAUCUCAUCAAGAUCUACAGUCUCUAUUUUUCAUAAGCAAAAUGACAACACUCAAAGAAAAAUUACUGAGCGUAGUAAAGGAGCCCUCAGGAAAUGGCAAAAACAAAAUAACCGUGGUCGGUGUUGGCCAAGUAGGAAUGGCCUGUGCAUUCAGUAUUCUCACAAAAUAUGUUUCAAGCGACGUCGUCUUGAUUGACGUGAUGGCCGACAAGUUGAAAGGCGAGAUGAUGGAUCUGCAGCACGGAAGCGCUUUUCUUAAAAAUUCCCGUGUGAACGCGAGCACCGAUUACACCGCAAGCGCGGGAUCCAGUAUCUGUAUCGUCACCGCGGGUGCAAGACAACGCGAAGGGGAAACCCGUUUGAACUUGGUUCAACGCAACACCGACAUUUUCAAAGGGAUCAUUCCUCAGCUGGUCAAGCACUCUCCCAACUGCAUUCUGCUGAUCGUCUCAAACCCCGUUGACAUCUUGACCUACGUUGCCUGGAAACUGUCCGGGUUCCCCAAGAAUCGCGUUAUUGGUUCCGGCACCAACUUGGACUCUGGAAGAUUCAGAUUUUUGCUGUCCCAAAGGUUGAGCGCUGCUCCCACUUCUUGCCACGGAUGGAUCAUUGGAGAACACGGUGACACCAGUGUUCCAGUUUGGUCAGGAGUUAACGUUGCUGGAGUCCGUCUUCGUGAUCUUGAUCCGAAAGUUGGUACUGAAGAUGACCCAGAAAACUACGGAGACAUCCACAAACAAGUGGUCUCAAGCGCUUACGAAGUCAUCAAGCUAAAGGGAUACACUUCGUGGGCGAUCGGUCUCAGUGUCGCUAAUCUUGCGUCGGCAAUGUUGAGAAACUCUGGUCAAGUUCACGCCGUAUCGACCAUGGUUAAGGGAUUCCAUGACAUUAAAGAAGAAGUAUUUUUGUCUGUACCCUGUAUUUUAGGCUUGGAUGGAGUAACUUCGGUAGUCCAACAAAAAUUAACCGAAGACGAAAAAGGACUUCUGUUAUCUUCUGCUAAAACUAUGCACCAAGUCCAAACAAACUUGAAAUAUUAAUGAUAUAGUUAUAUUAAAAGAUAAUUAUAUAUUUAUUGUGUUAAUCGCAUAAUUGAUUAAAAGGUCUAUUUACUGUUUACAAAAGUAUCAGCCAGAAUACCUGAGAUCUGCAUUAUUUAAAAGUCUGAUGUUAUUAAUGAGAACAGAAUAUUUUUGAAGCAAUCUUUAACUAUUUCCGAAUCAUAAAAAUACCUCAAACUUACAGUAUAAAUCAUAAUUAUAAUAUUUUGUACACCUUUGGUGCAUUUUAAUCUAUGUAUUUAUUGUAAUAAUAUAAGUGUGAUAUCAAUAAAGUAUUUGUGUGAAUAUUUAACAACAAAAACAA